UAGUCCCUUGGGGGGGGGCGGGGUUUGCGGAUGUUUCCUUCCUUUUCGUCAGGGAGGCGGUGCAGUGGGUGAAGCUGGUCGACCUCAUGGCUGCAAUUGGGGAAAUGGGCUCGGGGAUGGUUCCUGGCCAGGGCCGGAGGAAAGCUUAUGGCAAGGGGCGUACAGCUAAGGCCUUGAAGUCUUUGCAGUUUGCUACUCCAGGACGAUACACUGAUUUUGCCCCAGAAGCAAACAAAAGGGAGAAAAGAAGACUACAAACAAAAAGUACAUCCAUUAAUUCAGACAGGCAAAUAAUACCAGCAAAGAGAAAAGUAUACGAUAGCCAAGGACUUCUGCUUUAUAGUGGGAUUGAUCUCUGUGACUGUCUUGAUGAAGAUUGCCUUGGAUGUUUCUAUGCUUGUCCCAAAUGUGGCUCCAACAAAUGUGGACCAGAAUGUCGCUGUGACCGCAAAUGGCUGUAUGAGCAAAUUGAGAUAGAAGGGGGAGAAAUAAUUCGCAAUAAGCAUGUGGGAUAGCCUACAUGCCCUAUUCAAGUACCACAUUGCAUGGUACUAGUUUUGUAUACAAAAGUAUAUGAUUGGCUGAGAUUUCCAGUUCCUGCCCAGUAUAGUAUGUGAAAUGUGACGCUCAGACAUAAAAAUUAUCAGCGUUUAUUCUGUCCCUGUGGUUAUUGCUAUAAGAAAGAAGUCAGUUCAGCCUGAUCUGAUAGUUUUCAUGUAUAAGAGGAUUAACUUGAUCAGUAUUAGUCGUUAUGCAUCCUCUGCUCUAUAGAGGAAAUGCUGUUUCAAAAUAAUGUGAUGGCUUUAGCUCCUAGCAACCAUAACCAGUAUCAGUCCAUAGUAGGUUGAUAGAGUGGCUGUAUGAUGGGUAGAAAAUAAUAAUGACAAGCUAAAACUUAUGGUGAUACAGCAAUUUGCAAUUGCUUCAAUGAUGGUUAAUUUUUAUUAACCCUUAUUUUAAGGGUUAUAACAAUAGGUGUAAGUUCCUUGUUUAUAUUCUGAAUGGAAAUAAACCAUAUUCCUGCUUUUAUCAGUACUUCACUCCUUAUGAUGGGAGAGUGGAAAUUUUAACCAAAGAUGUAUCCUUCGAAGGCAUUUCCAUUAUGAGUAUAUUUAAGAACUUUAUGUUGAGUGUCCACACAGGCUGAAAGAGAACUGACUGGCUGAAAUAUAACACUAAUAUAUAUCUCCUCUUGCUGUUAAAAAAUACACGCAUUAUUUACUUGAAUGUAAAUUAAGGCAGUUAUGGAGAUAGGAGUUUUUCUUUAAUCACCGAUUGUUGUUCCUGAGAACAUGUAAGGGGCAUUUUGCAGAUACUCUAUUGUACAGGGGCAAUUAAUUGGUUGCAUUAUUUUAUUUUUAUUAUUAUUAUUUCUGUAUCCUGCCCUUCCCAACAAAAGCCAGGGUCAGGGCAGCUAACAAUAUAAGUACAAUUGAAAUCAUAAAUAUAUAAAUAAUUAAAACAUUUGAUUAUCAAUAAAAAUGAUGGUUUCCUUAUCAUGGGUCUCAAAGGAUGGUGUCAUUUCUAGAGAAGUGUGGGGAGCCACAAGAUGUUAAAGGAUGGCAAUACCAAUAGUGUUAGAAAAAAAAACAAGUAGGGAAAAGAGGGAUGGCGGGGAGGGGAAAUGGGGAAAGGGGAGGCCAGCUAAGAUCAUUGUUGUUGUACCUUUACUUGUUGGGGCAAUUUUCCGUAUGCCUAAAUUAAGAAAAAAUUCUAAGAAAUCUGUAUCUGUGUUGAUUUUUAGUAUAUUUAAGUUCAGGUAAGACAGUCUUUUCUUACAAGAUGGUAAUUAAAAAUUAUCACUGCAUUGUUGGAGUUGGGCUAUACAAGGCCCAGCUUCUAGUAGAUUCUGGUAAAUUUCAUGGUAAAAUGUUACAUUUUAAAACAGCUGUAGUAGUAUCUUGUGUUAAUAAAAUCAUGCUUUUGCCUUCUUAGUCAGUGAGGGCUGAGAUUGUUUUUAACCUAGUUUUUUUUAUGCUUUGAUUCAAUUGAUAAAUUUUGUACGUUGUGCAAGUAAAGGUUUUGAAGAUAAAAUGCAGAAAAUUGGUCAUUGCCUAAAACCUUUUAGCAGCCUGCCUGUCUGUUGGCAGGCUACUUGUGCAGAUGGAAUUUUUAUUCUCCCUGGCAAGCAGCAUUCUGCAAAAGCUGUCAUACAAUAAAAAUAUUUAAAUAAA